AGGGAUACAAUGACAAUGGAUCGAGCAGCAAUCAGUGGACAUCUGGAGAUCAUCGAAUUCCUUCAUCACAAUGGAUACCAGUGCUCUGUCGUUGCGAUGGACAUGGCUGCCUCGAACGGACAUUUCAAGGUAGUCGAGUAUCUCCAUCACAAUAGGACAGAGGGCUGCACCAACAUGGCAAUGGACGGCGCUGCAACACACGGCCACUUGGACAUUGUCAGGUUCUUGCACGAUCAUCGAAGUGAAGGGUGCACGGUUGUAGCGAUGGACCAAGCUGCAGCACAUGGAUACUUAGAUGUCCUCGAAUAUCUCCAUCGCAAUCGCACCGAGGGCUUCACAGACGAAGCCUUGGACCUGGCUGCAAUGUGUGGACAUCUGCACAUCGUGCAAUACCUUCAUGCUCAUCUGUGCAAUGGAACGCACGACGCACUUGAGGAGGCUGCACGCCAUGGACAUCUCCCCAUUGUUGAGUACCUUUGUAAGCUGGAUAUUAAGGCAUCCAUCGAUGAUGCUAUGUGUCUUGCAGCCUUUAAUGGACAUUCACCGGUCUUUGAAUAUCUCUAUCGCAACUUCCAGAUAGAUGUCUCGACUGAGGCAAUGGACGAGGCAGCGGCCAAUGGCCACCUCUCAGUGGUCGAUUUUCUCCAUCGCAACAGGACAGAGGGUUGCACAACCCACGCAAUGGACAUGGCAGCACGCAAUGGACAUCUAUCAGUGGUUCACUUCCUCCACUUCAAUCGCUCAGAGGGCUCCACCGAAGAAGCGAUGGAUAUGGCAGCACUCAAUGGACAUGUAUCAAUCAUGGAGUUUCUUCAUCAACAACGUGGCGCAAUCUGCACCGAACAGACAAUCGAAGAUUCUGCUGCCAAUGGACACUUGCAUGUGUUGGAGUUCAUCAAGGCGUCGUACGGCCAUUUCGAGUUGGCCUCAGUGGCCCACGCAAUGAGGAAGGCCAUCACCAACGCUCACUUGGAUGUAGUGGAGUUCCUGCAUAGCCAUUUCCCAGCCCAAGUCAAUGAACGCACCUCAUUCAUGGACCAGGCUGUGAUGUGUGACCAUGUGGACAUCGUAGAGUUCUUCCAUCGCAUUGGCCAUCACUGUUUGGGCGAGUCGUUUAACCAGGCGGCCAGUCAUGGCUCCUUUGCUGUAGUGCGAUUCCUGACCGAGCACACCACCACCCAGUGCACCCCUAAAGCUCUGCGGCUGGCAGCAACCAACGGACAUCGACUUGUCGUGCAAUACCUAAUGAUGGAACGUCGGCCCAAUGUCAUUGGUGGACUGGGCAACGCCAUUCGAGAUGCAACAGACCCCCAUAUCCUUUGUUUCCUCAAGCAAUUC